CGGCCAUCUUAAAGGACACGUUGCAUUUGCCUCUGUGAAAGAUCUCCACGCUCGCCGAUCAGGUGUUUUUUUAAUUGUGUGCGGUAUUCAGUGUGAGUGGAUUAUCUCUGUGGGAUAUUACAUCCAUUUGAUGGAUUUAUUCUGAAGACCUACUUUCAGAAUAACCUUGUUAGUCAUAUUGGAAUACACUGUGAAAGAAUUUUGUGCCCUCGUGUAGUGGAUUAUUAUGAAUUAACCUGUGACUGUAAAAGUGUAUUGUUUUGUGGACCAGAUAUCUAAAUACAGUGCCUUUAGUGUGUUUAUUUCGGAUAUACGGAUUAUAUAUCUUGGCAAUUUCCAAGGAAGAUACGGAUUUCUUUUAAAGAUAGCGUCUUUAUUGCUUUGGGGACUACGUUGAUGACAGGAUUCAGUAAUAACUGAGCAAAUAAUAUCUUCCUGAUUUACUGGAUUCUUAGGUCUAUAACUAUGGAGAAAUAUAGAUAAAAAGUUCCAUCUAUGGCUGAAGAUGUUCUAGUAUUUUAAGUCAAAAAAAUGAAAGACACGCAAGCAAAACCAGUUACAUUGAUGCCUAAAUCAAAAGCAGGCAUCAAAAAAGAAAAAAUGCCUGUCAAAAAAGUAAAAGAACCUAAAACCCCUGCCUCAAAGGCCGGGAAAGCUAAAAAGAAUAAUGUAAAAAGUACUGAAAAGAAGCCUAAAAUUAAGCAGGAAGUCAAAGAAAUACCUCCCAAGAGAAAACGAGGACGGCCAAGGAAUGAUGAAAAAGUACAAAAUCAAAAGAAACUGAAAGAACAACAGAAAUCUUCUAAAAACACUGAAAGUAAAUCACCAGGUCGCAAAAGAAAAAUAACGGCACAAAAUGCGGAUGUCAAAAAUGAAAAAGAAAGUUCUCAUCCCCCUUCUAAAAAACUAAAAACAAACGAUAUAAAUUGUAAUAUGAAUGGCAACGUUAAAGGACCACUUCCUCCUUUCCAUAAACCAUUUGUACAGAAAGGAGAAUCCUCUUCGUCUGUGGAACACCCUAUGACAAAUAAUAUCAACAGCAAUGGUACAUUUCAUUCUAAAAAUAGCAACGAGUUGGGUCCCAAAAAGCAACAGCCUGCAGUGUCUUCACCUCCAAAAAGUGUGACUUUUCAAUCAACAACUCCCAAAAAUGUGGUGAAUUGUAAUACCUCUCCUAAGCCAUUUAAAAAUUUGCCUAAUAAAAAUGUAAAGAGUAUUUUAAAAAAUGAUCCAAUUGUUAAUCAUCAAUCCAAAGAUAAUUGUCAAAUACCACCUAAAGAUAUUAAAGUUGAAAAAGUUAAUAAUGUUUUUGUCCCUCUUAAAAGUCCUGUUAAACAGCACCCACAAAGAAUGGCAAGUUUAGAUGCCCUAGCAAAGAUGCAUGUCAUUUGCAUACCGGACAGGAAACCUGUUGAGCACCAUUCUAAAUCGACAACAUCCGUUGUAACUAUGUGUUCUGAUCCAUUUACGCAGAAAUCGCUGACUGAGUGUCACCAAAGCAUACAGUUCGAUCUGAAGAAGGAAGGGAAAGAUUUCAAGCAAAGUAUAGUGCAUAAACAGAUAAAUUAUGUUAAAGAAAAGCAACAUGUGUUUGUUUCCCAUUCAGUGGAGCAAUCAAAAACGGUGAGCACAAAAUCCCAGGGCGAUAAGAAGAAGAAAGAAAAUUCGUCUCAGAAAAGCGCUAACAAUUCUUCAGGAAAGGAGCACAAGCAGAACCAAACCUCCAAAACAGUGCAGACAUUCCCCAAUAAUGCUGAAAAGAAAUCAAAAGUUUCCAAAGACAAGAAUGCGGAUAAGAAGAGUGCCAAAGCUGUGGCUAAAGUUUCGAAGGCAACUAAGAAGUCAGCGAAGGAACCACCCGCUACUAAAGGAACCGCAAAGAAAUCAAAAAAAUUAGAACAAACUAAAUCUGAAGUGAAGGUGAAAGAAACCAUCCGUAUGCAGAAGACAUGCACAUAUCAAUCUGUUACCACAGUCAACAGCAAUGGUACAACCAACUCCAGCGUUGUGCCAGUUAGCCACGUUGACCUUAACUACUCUAAAACCAAAAAGACAGUUGUUACGGGAGAUGAAGAAUGCAAAAACAAAAUUAAUUAUUCCAGUGAUAGUGUUGUGAAUAAUUCGUACUGCAUGACAUCUGAAAGUCCUUGUUCCAUCACACAUCAUGCUGACUGCUGCAAGUUUCAUACACAUUCAUCGCCACAGAUCAUACCUUUUGCUCAUGUUCAGACUUGCGCAUUAGGUCAUGGUUUGACUCGAACAUCUGAUCCAUCUUCUUCACCUCCGUCUCAUUGCGAUGGAAAUUUUUCAGUUCAUAGGUUUGGGCAUCAGCAAGCAGCUGUUUUGUACUCACCCCCUUCUCCUGAAUAUGGAUGCUGCUGCUCCAACUCCUUGGUUUCGAAUGUUCACGACAGUUGCCUUGUAAGGAAAAGCAUUAUGGCAUAUCCUCAUCCUCACCCACAUCAUUCGCAUCACUCAGCUACCAACAUGUCUUCUGAUUCAUUGUGUACAGAUUAUCAUCCUAGCAAUUCGUCCUUAGAAUCCCCGAGGCAUCACACGCAGCACUUCAACCUCUCUUCCUCCUCCUAUUCCAGAACGAACUGCUGCUCCUGCUGCGAUCUUCAUCGGGAGAACAAUCAGCACCAUCAUCAGUCGACCGGGAGUUGCCUUCAGUACUUGUCAUCACCAAAGAACACGGCUAGUCUGGUGCCUUGUGAGCAAUCCCCUCUGGAUCUCUCGCUAGCCUCAGCAUCCUCUGGUUCUAGUGUUGAUUCGGAACACCCCUUGCAACAGGGACUCUGUUCGGGUCCACUCUGCUGUGCGAGAGAAGUGUUACUCUUGAGGACAUCCACGCCUCAUGGGUUCCAGCACACCAAUUACCCACAGAAGAAAGCUUGCUGCAGGUACAUGAAGCAAGUUUCAUCGCACGAGGCUGCCGGCACAGCAGAACCUACACAGCAAGCACAGUGUUCCAAUAAGAAUCCAACAAGUGUGAAAGGUGGGCAACCGCCCCAGCCAGUAGAUCACCUAGCCUUGGUGACAGCGCCAGCUGUUGCGAAAGGAUCACUCAUCCCUCCAGUAGUACCUUCGACAUCUGGUGUUAUGAACAAAAACACCUCCCGUGUUGCAACAGAAAAUUUUGUGCCUGCAAAACGGGAGAAGAGCAAUUCACCAAAGCAGUCGUCUGUGAAAGUUCCCGUACCAAAGAAAAGACAGUUUGCACACGGGUGGGCAUGGAAAGGAAAGCCGAGAGAAAGAUUAAUAGCUCUUACAAAUGAUUCCACUCCCUGCCCCAGACUGUGUUACCCCACCAUAGAGCACAAGGAGGGCGACGUCAUUAAUGAGAAGGACUGUGUUCUUCUCAGAUCUGGACCAAAAGAAACAGAUUUACCUUAUGUUGCGAAAGUUUCUGCAUUUUGGGAAAAUCCGGAAGACGGAGAAAUGAUGAUGAGCUUGCUGUGGUAUUAUCGACCAGAGCACACUGAUCAGGGUCGUAAACCAGGGCAGAUGGAGGAUGAAGUAUUUGCAUCGAGGCAUAAGGAUGUGAACUCCAUUGCUUGUAUAGAAGAUAAAUGUUAUGUUCUUACAUUUAACGAAUAUUGCAGGUACAGAGGAAGUUUAAUCAUGGACGAUGAUAUUAUAUCACUGGCGUCCCUUCUCGUUCCUGAACUACCUGACGGCUACCCACGAAAGAACAGACUCCCAAGUGAUGCAGUGUCUAGUGAUAUUGUUUUCUUCUGUCGUCAUGUUUACGAUUUCAGGCAGAGGAGGAUUUUAAAAAAUCCAACAUGAAAAAUUGCCAAGAAACAAACAAAUAAAAAAAAGUUAUAAAAUCCACAUUGAACAUUCGUGAUAGCAGCUAGUCUAGACUUAACAGACUGACUACUUAUUCGAAAUAAUUCUGCUUCUUGUCGUGUUUGUUGAUUUUUUUUUUCCAUUGAUUCCCUUACUGUGGAUUAAAAAAAAAGAAUGCAACAUAAUUAAAAAGUGGAUGGUUUUUAUUGAUUAUUCUAGGAUUGUAAUAUCUCAAGAGCUAAGCCUAAUACAUAUAUUUUGAAAAUAUUAUACAAAUAAAUGGGAAACACAAUUGCUAUGGAAAUAGUGUCUUUGAAAAUUCACUAUUUGAAUCAAGAAAUUUCUACUCAUGGUUCCUGUUAAAAAGUUUGCACUGUUCAAGAGAAAGGUGGUGUACAUUUGUAAUUACUUUCUCUAUAGAAUUAUAUUUCUGUUACACUGUUCUAAAAUUGAUUAGUACAUUGUGUACAGAAGAAAACAGGAUCAUAUGUGUAGCUUUUUUUGUUUUGUUUUGUUUAAAAAAUGUAUUUGUUUGGAUUUCAUUUCAAAAAAUAUUUAGUUUUUGAUUUUUCUUGUUUUCUAUGAACUUGAUAAAUGUGAUAAUCACUUAAUUGAAUCACUUAAAUUGUUGUCUUUCCACAAAUAUAUCUGUGAAGAACAAAUAGCACAAAUGUUCUUCUGUCAUUUUAUUUUAAAAUGAUAGAACGUUUAUAGUAUAUUAACUGUAUUGUUAUAUGCUUCACUGUGCUGUCAUAGUUAUAUGCUUCAUUAUGGAAAUGAAACUAACACACAAACUUGCGAAAUUUUUUUAUUAUUAUUAUUAUUUCCAAUUAGAUUUCAUGUGAAACAUCAUUUAUGCUAUUGUAUUCACAAUGUUUUGAUAUUUUGAAAUGUAUUAGGUAGAUAUAUUUUGUUAGAUAUGUUCAAUUGUUGUGUAUGUGAAAGUAAAUUGGAAUGUAUCUCUAGUAGAAGUUCCACCAUUUUAAUGCCAUCAAAGAAAAAAAAAGUAAAAUAUAACUUAAUUUUAAGCAUUGAAAUUUUUAUUAUAGUAUUAUAUAAUGAUAUAUAAUUGCUCCUAUUUUACUUUUCUUAUUAUAAUUUCUCAAUUGUUUGUUUGUUCAGCAAGAGUAUUUUUUUAAAAGUUAAUACAUAGCUGUUAAUAAAUAAUGAAAAUAUUAAGAUUUUAAAAUUUCAGUUCAUGUGGAUUCUAAAUUUCUGUAAUCUUUAUCAUGAAAAAAAUACUAAAAUUAUUUUUGUAAUAUCUAAAUUUUAUAUUAAAUAACUACUGAAAGUCUUUAAAAAGGCUUAAAAUAUUAUAAAUAUGAAUUUAAAGUUGUUAUAUAUGUUAUGAAUAAAUUCGUGCUGACUUUUUCAAAAUGAUUUUGAUUAAUAAUCGUGUUUGUUGUAAUGGUUAAAAGUUCUGAAUCGUUAAAGCAUUCAGCCAAUAAAAGUAACAGAAAUGUAUGUAUGCUUAGGUGAAACUGAGAUUUUAAAAUCUUGUAUUGAAGUUUACGGACAAUUUUAGAAAUAGGAUUAGUGCCUUUAAAGACAUUUAAGUUUUCUGCAAAUUGAAAAUGGCUUUUUGUUUACUUUGAAAGUUUUUAAGAAUGAUCCAUUAUCCAAAAAUAUUUAAAUAUUUGAAUGUGCAGUUUAAAAUUAAGGAGCUGUGAUUUCUAUUUUUUUGUACUGAAUAAUUAUAAUUAUGGUAUUUUUGUUCAAAACAUUGAAGAAAGGCUACUGAUGAUAAAAAUGGCAAAUACUGGUUGUCUCAUUUCAGAACUUGAGAAUAUAGUGAUGUAAAUGAGUGAUUAAAAAAGAAAAAUAGUUUAUCACAUAAAUAAAUUUCAAUUGACCUCAUAUAAUUAUUCAAUGCACUUGGUACAUAUUAAUGAUCAAAUAUGAAUAUCUUAGAAAUCCAAAAAAUUCUAACAAUUCUCUUAAAUAUCUAAAUGCACUUUUUUGAUUCUGAGCUAGUGGAGCCAUAAUAAAAAUUCAAAUUAUGAAAAACUGUGGAAAAAUUAACUAAAGAAGAAGAAAACAACAAUUUUUAAAAUAAAAAUGGCUGAAGAAAUUUAUUUUUAACAUUUAAUAGUUUUAAUAAUUAGGCAGUUUGUAAAUUCUAAUAAUUAAAAAACAAUUUCAAUUAUAUAUAUUUAGUAGAUAUUUUUAUACUCAUCAAUGUACAAUUCUUUGAAUGUAAUAAUUGUGCAAGAUAAUUUGAAAUCAAAUUUAGAAUUUGGAUCUAAUAUAUCCUCCCCCCUUUAUUAGAAAUUUUCCAUUGCUUUAUUUUUAUUAUUAAAUACAUUUACAGCUGUUAAGUCCUUGAAAUAAUUAAGUACAAUAAAAGAAUAUAUACAUUGACAAUCACUGAAACAGACACUAAAAGUUUAACAUACUUAAUUGAUAAAAAGAAUUCACAUUUUUUAAUACAGUUUUUGGCCAUUACUUUGAAUUUACUAAAUUAACUUUCUAGGCAAUAUUUUUAUGUUAUAAUAAGAAGAAACUGAAAAGACCAGGAAAGGAAUUCGAAUUAGCAAGUCCUUUUGUCUUAACUAUUAUUAUUAUUAAUUCAAAUAUCAAUUUAGUUAAGAACACAAUAAAAAGUUCUAAGUUAAAAAAAAAAAGUCGGGAGAUUCUAAUUUCCAGUUGAAAACAUUGUAGCAUGAUAAUUAUUUAGGAUUGAUUAUUUAUAUCAUUUAAUUUUCUCUCAUUUUGUCUUUGAUUGUGGAUAGGGGGAUGAAAUAAAAUGUAACAGUUCAAGACGGAAUUUUGCUUUUUAUAUUCUUUUUGCAAAUUUGGAUUAUAGAUUUUGAUUUGAUUCAGGCAGAUAAACUGGAUGCUCAGUUUGUAUUUCCUUACAUGAUUUGCCUGUUGGUGAUAAUGAUGAACUUUUCAGCGAGUGAAAGUGAUAAUCUUCCAUUGAUGAUUUUGUUAAAUAAGCAAGACUUACUGUUUUGAAAAAUACUAGAGUUUAGAUAUUGGUACAAUGAUAAACCACAUCUUGUUAAUUUUUUAUUGAUAUUUUUGGAAGAGUUUCUCACUGGUGAUUUUAGGCAAAUAAACAAGAUGUUCUGUUCCAAUUUCCCUACUAGAGUUGCAUGUUGAUAAUUUCAUCUGAUUAAUCCUUCAUUGAUUAUUAUGGGGUGAAUCUUUCAAUGAUGACUUUGAGCAAUAAGCAAGAUGUAACCAUAUAUAAUUAUUUUUUUAUUAUAAUCUGAUAAUUAGCAAUAAUAAUAUGCCUGAUGUUAUACAAACAAUCAAUAAGUAUUGUUGUAAAACAUACUUAAAAACUAAUGAAAAAGAAAAAUGUUUGAAAUGAAAUUAUCACUAAAAAAAAACUUAUUUCUUAGAUCUAAAUAUGUACUAAAAAGGUAUUAGUGUGAUAAUAUUCUUCAAAGUUAUCUAGGAAAAACUUUAAAAUCUCUAUUUAAUUUUUUUAAAUUUAAAAUGUAAUUAAAUUACAGAUUCUGUAUUAAUAAGUAUAUAUUGCCAAAAAAUAUCUAACAUACUAAAUUUGGUUAUUCUAAACCAAACUGUAGAAUAUUUGAACAGUUUUUUUCCACCAUCGUUGUUGUCAUGUAAUGCUAUUUAUUAAUAUUAUAAAAACCUAUGAACAUUCUUAUCUUACAAAAUUAUCAUAUUUGUAGUGUGUGUGU